CAGGUUCAACGCACUGGAGGCAAAAGAUACCCGACGCCAAUAGUGGUGCGUACAGGCCCGGGAAUAAUUGCUACGGAACAUCGAUAGAGAAACAUAAAAAAGAAAAGUUCUUGAACCAUCGAGACUGUUAAACUCCCAACAAAAUCAGGUCAAAUACAUCAUACUUUUACGCCAUACCCGUUCGAUAUGUCCUCAUCACAUGUAUUAUCCCCCCCCACUGCUCUAAGGAGCAGAAGGAGAGGGCGACCGUGCACGAAAUCACACUUGCCGGUGGACGAGAUACCUCAGUCUCCUUGUGAACUUUCACCCUUUCGCAACCGAACGAAUAUUUGUGACGAAGAAAACAAAGAAAACGAAGACACAGUCAUUGGUAGCAGCAGUAGCACCUGCAGCUUAACUCUGAAGAUCAGACGUACAGCUGUUCCYUCAAAUGAUCUUCCGAACAUCGUAUCGGCCUUCCAAAUGCCUUCUUCGAUCAUCAACAAGAAGAAUCUCCACGAGUCUUUCGAUACACAAGAAACUGUAUCGGUAUCGGAGUCCGAAGACGAGAUCAGCAGCCAUUCGAGCUCGUUCGACGAUGGAGAAAGCAGCAGCGAGGACUCGGCUUACUCGUGUCAUUCGAAACGAAGCAUUCGGUUUGCGGACGAAGUGGGACUCCCCAUCCAAAACGUUCGGCACUACGAAUGCGAUCGGAGGCGCCAAGAACACUCAGAGCUCCUAGUUCUUUGCUUGUUUCCCGAGCGGAAGAAGUUUGAGUUUCUCCACGUGGGAUAUUACCACUGCGAAGAGAAGAAAGGCGUCACGGUACAGGCGCUCUUGAGUGAGUUGCCGGGCAUGUGCACCGAUUCCAUAUUUUCCUCCUCCGAAUUUGUCACCCUCUAUCGAAGCAACCCGGUCGACAACGCCUUUGUCAAUAUUUGUGCUUCUCCGCAAUCCACGAGUGAGAACGAGACCUCUACUGAGGAGUUUUCUUCCCAGACACUGACGGACUGUGCAUUUCGGGAGAACGAAUUGCUAGUGGCCUCUGUGCGUGGAAGUUCUGAGCGAGCGGUUCUCGAGGGAAUUGGUUCCCUACUGAGUAACGAUACGAUACUAAAAACACUGAAACGAGCCCGUCGCUCGAGAAGAAGCCUCAAGUUCGUUUACAGCGAAGACGAUCGACGCUACCGAACACUACGGUCGUUAAAGACUCGGAAGAGACGUGCGAACAAGGAUGCCAAGAAAUCCGAUGUGCAGCUCCCCAUUGUGGAACCAAAGAACGAAGUCCAUCAUAGAGAGCAAACAGCCGCAACGACACAAAUCGAUUGUACCGAUCUUGUGGACGAAUAUUGCCACGACUAUGACCCUUUUUGCGACGAAUCGGACUUUUACCUACAACUUCUGGUCGCUAUCAUUACCAUUAGUUUGGGGACGGUGGUCUUUUCGGCUAUGGGUAUCUAAUGCUAGGGGCAACACUAGCAAACUGGAUUCUGCUAGAGAUGCAAGCAAUAUAAAAUAAAAAAUAUCUA